UCACAUUAACAUCCUUCCUGAAAAAGUUUUAUCAUAGCUGAGCAUCAGCAUUCAACCUUUUCUGCAGCGCUUACUUUAAAAUUAUUUCAGAGGCACCUUGUUGAGGUGUGGUUAGGAAUAAUCCAUGAUUCAUUAACUAACUUCAAGCAUAUAAUCUGCAAAACUUCUAAUAAAGAUGCAGGUUAAACCACAUUAACCCUGAUAGUGUUCCUCACCUGUAUACCCUAUGGAACAAGUACAUUCUCAAUUAACCUACUGAAAAGGUAUUUACUGAUUAUCUCUGAUUAGUACACCACAGAGAGCCAUGGGAGACACACCAAGAAGGCCUAAUGUGACACUUCCAGGGAAAGCACUACACAACCUGGUGUGAAUUUGUGUAGAAGACUAACUCUGAGGUGAAGGGAAAUUGUAGAUAAUUAUCUGCUUUUGAGCUCCAGGAAAAUGCUCUACUCAUUCGUAUAUGAAUUACAUGCUGACAUUUAAGCAGCUGCAUCAUCUCUUGUGCACAGUAGGUCAUUUUCACUCUUUUUCAUAAAUGCUUCAGUUGCUAUUUCUUGAGCAUAUAGUGUGAGCUACUUAAUCACUCAGUGAUUGCUGAAGUCUGUAAAAUGUCAAAUUCAUUCAUUUUGUUUAUGUAUUUUGAAAUACAUAAAAACUGUCCUAUUCUCUUGUAAUCUGUUUCUCCACAGAGAACUUCUGUUGGCUGAGGGAGGCAUAACCUUUCACUGACUGAAUUUAUUAAAACCAGGCUGACACCAAGCCUGUGUGAACAGAUGGGAGGGAGAAAAAGGUCAAAGUAAAAGCCAUACAGAGGAAUUAUCAUUGCUACUCACAGAAGUGUAAAAACUGUGCUAUAAACCUAAUCUCUUACUUUUUACACCAACCAGCAUAAAUGUUCAAUAAAUUCAGAUACUAAAUCCAUUUUUACUUAAGUGCUUUUAAAAUGCUGAAGUUGUAAUUUGAGGUAAUGAGGUGAAAACGUUAAACUGGUCUAGUUGUUUGAUUGGCAUUGGGAUUGUCCUGUUCCUUGUCAAGUACAGAUCAUGAACUAUGGCUAUUUGUUGAUUACAACACUGAAACAAGAAGCGCAAAGAAAUAGAAAGGAUAAGCAGUGAGUAAAUGCUAUUCUCAUUAUCACUUUAGAAAUACUAAAUGCAUAAAUUUGACAACAUGUAUGUAGGUUGUGAGAAUGGCUGGAUCACGUGUCAAACUAGGGAUAAAACAGGGGCAGCUGGGGUCCAAAAGAUCACAAAAAGUAUUUUCUUGUUUUCAGCACCUUUCCUGUCAAGCAGUACACAAAGUGGAGGAUGCUCUCAGCUUUGACCUUGGGAACAGUGGAGGAGUAAAAAAAGGAGAGCAAGAGGCCUUACUGCUCUCACUGCUACCACUGUCCAUCUAGCUUCAGCUGCAUGGCUUGAAACUGGACUAGAUCGUUCCAAGAGUGCCCUCUGUGGGAGAUGAGUGGGCUUAGGAACUCAGAUGAGACAGCAGCGCCACCAAAGAUGUGGAAGAAGGACUAGGGUAUCUAUUUUUUUUUCCCCCCAAUUCUAUUAGUUGGCCUGAAAUAACACAUUACCUAUGGCAAGGGAGGACUAUGAAAUGAAGGCACAGAGUUCUUUGCUGGAUUGUCUCCUUGGGGAGCAGCUGCUUUAUGUGAGACAGUAAAGCACACCCUCAACGCCUGUUACUUGAAGCUGCAUAUUAUCAGCAUGCUAAAGAAUAUAUACAUUAUCCAGAUUGUUUUGGUUGGAAUGUACUAGUGUUACCAAAUACCCAUAUCCGAUUUCUGUAGUCAAUAUCACAGCCUCAGAGUAAAGAGUACUGAUAUGCUGCCUGCCCAAAGAACAGACAUUUAAUGUAAUGGAGCUGUAGGACUGAAAGAGCUGCUUGAUUAUUUACUGUCAUAAUUGUUCAGUCAUGGUGAUGCCAACAUUCAAAAGAUAUUGUUUGCAUUAAGCUGUUUUGAGAUGUUGAACUAUGAAACACAAGAGAUUAAAAGAGGUGAAAAACAUCAAUUAAGAUACUUUGAUUUUUAUAAACACAGCUCUUCGAUCUUGCUAUACCUAUCUCCAUCAAACUGAAGAGUUCUUACAAAAUUUCUAUUCCUCACCACAGUCAGGUCUUUCAUUUUUUCCUGUAUAAACUUCGAUUUUCCUGGAUCCCCCGGGAAUAUUUUCCCCAAAUACUGAAUAUUGAAAUAAAUGCAGCAACAAGUGUAGCAGCGUACAGAUGAAUACAACUGUUUGGAAGUCACCCUGGCCCGGGGGUGCUCCGGGCGAGCUCUACUGCUCAGCGAGUCGCCCACGUUCUCCUCAGCCGCUGCUCCCGGGAGAGCGCCCCAGCCUUGAGUUACGGACUCGGAACCAUCUCCUGCUCAGUGUCGGUUCACCGGUGCCUCAGGGUUUUGCCCACCGCACGCUGCUUUACAGCACGGCAGCGCUUCCCUGGGAUAUCUUUCCUCUCUCCUCGCAGCCCGCCGCAAGCCUGCGGCUACUCCCAGAGAGGUGCAAUUCCCGGGGACAGGCGGGACAACCCAGCACCGCCCCGCGGGCCCGGCUCGCCCAAUCAGAGCGCCCGUCUCUCACCCCGCGGCAUUCUGGGAGUUGUGGUCUGGGGCCGGCAAGCCCGCGCGGUGGGGCCACCUCGAUGAACGGCAUUGCCCAGAAAGCUCCACGGCGGCGACGCCUCGGGCCGAUUUGCCCCUGCAGGCGGUCUGCGAGCAGUCCGGACUCCGGCGGUCCCGGGAUGGCUGCUGCGGUACCUCCCGAUGCGCUGGGUCGGCGGGUCGCCUGUGGCACCGACUAUGGGACUGUGCGCUAUGUGGGCAGCGUGUCUCGUACUGUAGGAAUUUGGCUGGGUGUGGAAUGGGAUGAUCCUCAGAGGGGAAAGCAUGAUGGCAGCUAUGAAGGAACACAGUAUUUUAAGUGCAGGCAUCCUAAAGGAGGAUCGUUCAUCCGGCCAAACAAGGCAAAUUUUGGAGUAGAUUUUCUUACUGCAGUAAAGGAUCGGUACGGAUUGAAUGAUAAGCAAGAUGUUCAGUGUGGGACAGGGAAUACAGUAAUAUUUGGAACGAAGACUGUGGAAUUUGUUGGCAUGGAUUCUGUUGCAGAACAGCAAAGGCAACUGAACAAUCUGGUGGAUAUCUCGGUGCGUGAGUGUGCUGUGAGCCAUGCUGGUCAGGAAGAGGAAAUAAGCAGAACAUGUGCCAAUAUGAGGCAUAUAAACAUAUCAAAAAAUCUGAUACCAUCUUGGGAGACAGUAAUAGCUAUUGCUUCUCAAGUUCAAAAUCUAGAAACACUUAAUGUCAGUGAAAACAAAAUGAGAUUUCCAUCUACAUCAACUUUUACAUCCAGUGCAUUUUCAAACUUGAAGAUUCUGGCACUUAAUCAAACUGAAAUAACAUGGACAGAGGUUCUUCUUUGUGCUCAAGGAUGGCCAGUACUUGAAGAGUUGUACCUUUCUUCUAAUAAUAUUACAAUUUUGGAAAGGCCUGAUAAUGUCCUGCAGACCCUGAAGUUGUUAGACCUUUCAGACAACCAGUUGCUGGAUGGAAAUCAGCUGCAUCUCAUAGCACAGCUCCCCAGAUUAGAACAGCUAAUACUUAGAAACACUGGGAUAUCAUCUAUACACUUUCCUGAUGCUGGAUUUGGAUGCAAAACUAAAAUGUUUCCUUCACUAAAACGCCUUGCAAUAAAUGACAAUAAAAUAUCACAGUGGUCAUCUAUCAAUGAGCUUGAUAAACUACCAAGUUUGCGGGCACUCCAGUGUAACAAUAACCCCUUCAUGGACACAGAGAAGAACCCAGAGACCCUUAUACAGCUCAUUAUUGCCAAGAUAAGUCAGUUGGAGGUUUUGAACAACUGUGAGAUCCUUCCUGCUGAAAGAAGAGGAGCAGAGCUUGAUUAUCGCAAAAUAUUUGGAAAGGACUGGCUAGAAGCUGGUGGGCAUUGGAACCCAGAGAAAAACAAACCAAGUGGAGAAUUUCUUGCUGCCCAUCCCAGAUACCCAAUACUUUGUCUUAAAUAUGGAGCACCUGAAGAAGGAGAACUGAAGGGACAACAGCCUUUGACUCUGAAAAAUCAGCUCCUGACUUUGACAAUUAAGUGUCCUGAGAAACCUGAACAGAAGCCAGUGGAGAAAAAACUACCAGAGUCUAUGACUAUUCAGAAGGUCAAAGGACUGCUGUAUCGCCUAUUUAAAAUUCCUGGUUCAGACCUAAAACUGUCCUACGAAAGUUCUAAAUUGGAAGGAAAAGAAGUUGAACUAGACAAUGACUUAAAGCCUUUGCAGUUUUACUCAAUAGAAAGUGGAGACUGUGUGUUAGUACGAUGGUAAAAGGGGACUCUCUUGCUGGACUGAAUGAAAAGCUGACGCAAGACUUGCAGAAGAGACACAGACACAUGGACAGCCUGUGCCUAGCAGACAUAUAGGUGAAUGAAUUUCACACACGUGGCACCAAAGGGCUGUACAAUUGUACUUUCAGUUCCUCAACUUGAUCAUCAGCCUCCAGGAAAACAUCUGUUCCUUUGUCCUACUGGAGAAAUAUCACAUAGUGCUUAAAAUGCUUCAAUUAAAUAAAACUCAAGGUCACCCUUUUGCCAAGAUUUUA